ACCUUAGCUUUGACAAAUGCUUGAUGCUCUGAAAUACCUCCUCGGCUCAUUCGGAGCAAGUGGGUAUGGCUCCAAGUCCACAGCCGAAGAGGUAACUGAGAACUGCCCCGAUCUGGGCUCCAUCACUGCUGUCAUUACUGGUGCGACGUCGGGGAUAGGGGCGGAGACGGCCCGGGUGCUGGCGAAGCGCGGGGCGAGGCUGGUGCUGCCGGCGCGGAGCCUGAAGGCUGCGGAGGAAGCGAAGGCUCGUAUUGUGGCGGAGUUUCCCAAUUCGGAGAUCGUCGUCAUGGCUCUCGAUCUUAGUUCGCUCGACUCGGUUCGAUGCUUCGUUUUGGAGUUCGAGUCUCUGGAUUUGCCGCUCAAUCUCCUCAUAAACAACGCCGGGAAGUUCACUCACGAGCAUGCUAUCUCCGAAGAUGGAAUCGAGAUGACCUUUGCUACCAAUUAUCUAGGUCAUUUUCUAUUGACCAAACUGUUGCUAAAUAAGAUGAUCGAAACGGCGAAAAAGACCGGCGUUCAAGGUCGCAUCGUGAACGUAUCGUCGACCAUUCACAGCUGGUUUUCCGGCGACGUAAUCCGUUAUCUGGGGCUGAUAACCAGAAACAAAAGUCAAUACGAUGCGACACGUGCUUAUGCUGUCUCGAAGCUCGCCAAUGUUUUGCACACCAAGGAACUUGCUCAGAGAUUGAAGCAAAUGGAUGCGAACGUGACUGUGAAUUGCGUUCAUCCAGGGAUCGUGAGAACGAGGCUCACCAGAGAAACCGAAGGCAUCGUCACAGAUCUGAUCUUCUUCUUGACUUCAAAGUUCCUAAAGACAAUUCCUCAGGCUGCAGCUACAACCUGCUACGUUGCAACGCAUCCAAGACUCGUAAACGUUUCCGGAAAGUACUUUGCGGACUGCAACGAGGCAUGGACAUCUAAAUUGGGAUCCAACUCACAAGAAGCUUCCCGCCUGUGGUCCGCUUCCGAAAUCAUGACUGCCAGAGACUCCAGAGCAAUCUUCGAUCCACUCGACGCCUCAGAUUAAACCACAUUAAAUAUUACCAAAACAAAACAAAAUUAAAAAAUAAAACACCAUAAACAAAUACCAGAAAAGCAUAAUGUUAAUUAGCCGAGAGAGAGAUUUAGAAAAUACACCUUGUAUACAGCUUCCAUUACGGUAUACGUAGAAGAAUUAAUUAGCCUAUAUAUAUAUGUUAGAAAAAAAAAAAAAAAUCCAUUUGUGAGAUUGGAUUUUUCUGUAAGGGAGGGGUGGUGCCCACUAGACAGGCGGAGAAGGGGUACCAUGCACUACUGCAGGAGCUCUGUGUGUGAUGUAGUAUUCAUAAUGAGAAUAUUCUUAUCUUUAUUUUUUGUGA